AUUUAGAUAUAUAGAUUAAUCAGUAAAAAAAUGCUUAUGAGUUCCGAGUUGUGGAUCAGCAUUUUUAAUAAUGGGAAUUUUUUGAAAAAGAGGUUUAUUUGUUUGAAUUGUUAUAGAUGUUAUAUGUACAAAUGUGGAUACAGUGGAUUUUUGGUUUUGCUGAUUGAUUGAUUCUGGGUUUCUUGGGUUUUGACAACAUGGUUGAUUGAAUUGUUGAUUUUUAGGUUUCAUUGGUUAUAGUAAUGUUUUAUAAAAAUUCAAUCUUUUAGUUGAUUCUGAUUUACCCACAUUGUUUUAUCUAUGUUUUGUUGAUGUACAUUUGUAUAGAAUGGGUACCAGGUUGUUGGAGGUGGGUUUUUGGCUUUAUGUUGAUGAAGUGAAGGACUUGGAAAUGUUACGUAGAACUAGUAAAAUGGGUGUGGUCAAGGAGUUUAAUUUUUUGGGGGUUGAUUAUGGAUACCUAGUUCAAUUGCCUCUUUUUCGGUGUUUGUUCAGUCGAGGAUCUUUUCGAACUAGCCUCUCUACCUACGAGAAGGUAGAAGAAAGGUGAGGAGUGUAGAAGAUGGGUUCUUGGGUUCGUGGCACUCGGGUGUUGUGAUUAGGUGUGAUUAUUUGAUUCGUCAUGUAGAAUAUGAUCACAUUGUAUCAGAUAAAGGUUCUGGCAACUUGGUAGAACUUAUAAGUGUUUCUCCUAUAGUUGAUGGGGUAAUUCCAGCUGCUGAUGAAAAGCUAGUUCAUAAUCUUGGUUUUAUUAGGCCUUUGCCACCUCAACGUGAAUUUGGCAGAUGGCCUUUACCUUAUGGACAGUGUGUAGAUUUCUAUUAUCAAGAUGCCUGGUGGGAAGGUGUGAUAUUUGACCGUGAAGAAGGUGAAGAGGAACGAAGAAUUUUCUUUCCAGAAAUGGGUGAUGAAAUGAAGGCUCAAGUGAGUAAGCUGCGUCUCUCACAAGAUUGGGAUGAGGUUACAGAAGAGUGGGAGCCUCGUGGUUCCUGGAUUUUCCUUGAAGUGGUUGAGGAGAUUGAGAAGGCAAACCCGCUCUUAAUCUCAGUUAAACAAAUUUGGUAUGACGUACAACUGAAGGAUGAGUUUGAUGAAAAUCUCAAGCUGUGGACAUCUUCUUCGACAGAUAUUUGGCGGAAAUUGGUGAAGGAAGUUGUAUAUGAGAAUACCAAGUUAACUAUCAAGCAAUUUUUUGCUGAAUUGAACUGCUCAGAGGUCUUUGUAGAGGGAGGCCAAUUGCUCGAAUUCUCAGAACUUGCCUUUGAAGCUGAACGGGACCUUCAAAAGUAUUUUGAUAACUCGAUUGCAGCCGUUACUGAAGCCGCUUGUAAAUUAGAUAGUGCGGCCACACUGCACAUGGAUCAGGAUUGUUCCCAUCUUCAACUGCCUAUGGAUCAGGAUAUUUCCAAUCUUCAACCUCUUGAAAAACAAUUUGUUUCAGAGGAUUUUGCACCUGCCAUGGAGGAUGUUCAAUUGUGUGGUAAUGAUGAUUGUGAGCCAAUUCCUCCCAGCCAAAAAGAAGAUUUAUCUGUUUUACCUCCGCCUAGUGAUGGCACAGGUAUUUUGUCCAGUACCAACAUUGAACCACCACCCAUCGCGAAUUCUAAGCCUCGGAGGGGGAAAUCUUCUACAAAAAAGAAGAAAAUCAAGGGACAGACUGUGGUUGGUGAACCCGAUUCUUUCCCAGAAGCAACAUCAACUAAGGCAUUUAAGAAGCCGCCUACUGAUGACAUUGCUGAUAUUAUGGAUCAGGAUGUUUCUGAUCUUCAACCUGUUGAAAAGAAAUUUGUUUCAGAGGAUUUUGCACCUGCCAUGGAGGAUGUUCAAUGGUGUAGUAAUGAUGAUUGUGAGUUGAUUCCUCCAAGUCAAAAAGAAGAUUCAUCUGUUUUAGCUCCGCCUAGUGAUGGCACUGGUAUUUUUUCUAGUACCAACAGUGAACCACCGCCUAUUGCAAACUCUAAGCCUCGAAGGGGAAGACCUCCUACAAAGAGGAAGAAAACCGAGGGGCAGACCAUCGUCAGUGAACCUGACUCUUGCCCAGAAACAGGAGGUCUUCAACUGCCUAUGGAUCAGGUUGGUUCCCAUCAUCAACCUGCUGAAAAGCAGAUUUUUUCAGAGAAUUUUGCACCUGCAACGGACGAUGUUCAGUUGUGUGGUAAUGAUGAUUGUGAGUCAAUUCCUCCUAGUCAAAAAGAAGAUUCAUCUUUGUCACCACAUGAUUUAUCUGUUUUACCUCCGCCUAGUGAUGGCACUGGUAUUUUGUCCAGUACCAGCAGUGAAUUACCGCCUAUCCCGAUUUCUAAGCUUCGCAGGGGGAGACCUCCUACAAAGAAGAGGAAAAUUUCUAAGCCACUUCAUGAUGACACCGCUGGUAUUUUGUCUAGUUCCAAGAGUGAACUACCGACGCUCACAAAUUCUAAGCCUUGCAGAGGAAGACCUCCUACGAAGAAGAAGAAAUUCGAGGGGCAGACACUGGUCGGUGAACUUGACUCUUGCCCAGAAGCAACCGCAAAUAAAGAAAGUGAUGACAUUGUUGUUAUUUUGUCCAGUGACAAGAGUGACAAGAGUGAGCCACCGACUUCGGCGAAUUCUAGGCAUCGCAGGGGAAGACUUCCUAAAAUGAAGAAGAAAUUUGAUUGGCAGACGCGGGCUGGUGAACCUAACCCUUGCCUAGCUAAGCGUAUGCCAUCUUUUUCCUCGAAAAGAGAAUUUAAGAAACAUCUCUUAAUGUCGGGCUGGAAAUUUGAAGUCAAAUGGGAGUCUGGUAAAAUUAAGAAACUUUAUAUUGCUCCUAAUGGAAAUGUAUGCGAGUCAAUUAGUCAAGCUUGCCGGGUGUUGGAAGAGUCAAAAGCUCGUGCACUGGUAUCCCCAGUUGAACAAAGUAGUUUAAAUGGUGACACUGAUAACUCCAUCCAGUCUGCUUGCAUGGAAAGACCACAACCAUGCAACAAGCUGCCAGAGUUGCCAUAUCCUUCUGAAGAAAUAAUUAUUGAGCCUGAAAUCUGCCGUGAAGCCGUAAUUGACUAUUGUUCACCGAAAUCUCAAGAUGUUUCUGCCUAUCAGAAAUCAUAUAGACAUGGGGUGAAGAUAAGUGCUACAGCCCUAAAAGCUAAGAAACACCUCGCUGCAACUGGAUGGAAAUUCUACUCUGUUGGGAAAAAAGACAAGAAACUUUGUUGUUACCGUUCUCCAGAAGGAAAAAGUUUUAUCUCUUUUCGAAAAGCUUGUAAAUGGUGCGUAAAAAUGUGGGAAGCUGAAAGCCACGUACCAGAACGAGUGUCUUCUCCAUCAACUGCUACACAAAAUUCAUUUGAGAGGUUAUCAAUGGAAGAGCCUCUUAUUUCUUUGUUAACAAAACCAAGAAACAAGAGAAAAUCCAGGCCAUCACUCAGAAAAGGAGAUGGUGAUAUGCGAUCAGGUAAAAGAGCUCGAUCGGUGGCUCCUUCUUCCUCUAAUCAAACACCUCGAACAGUUUUAUCUUGGUUGAUAGACAAUAAUGUGGUCUUGCCACGUGCUAAGGUAGUAUAUUGCAGAAAAAAGUGUGGCAAUCCAAUAGCAGAAGGGCGGAUUACUCGUGAAGGAAUCAAAUGCUAUUGCUGCCAAAAAAUUUAUGGUCUUCAUAACUUUGAAGCUCAUACUGGGAACAGUUGUAAUAUACCUUCAGCAAAUAUAUAUUUAGAGGAUGGAAGGUCUCUUCUUGAGUGUCAAAUGCAGAUGAAAGAUGAACUGAGUGUACAAAACAAAGAGGACAGUUGUUUUACCACAAAUGACUAUAUUUGUUCUGUGUGCCAUUAUGGCGGUGACUUAAUACUCUGUGAUGGAUGCCCUUCUUCAUUUCACCCUGAUUGCCUUGGGAUUAAGGAGGUUCCAGAUGGUGACUGGUUUUGCCCAUCAUGCUGUUGUAAGGUGUGUGGCGAGGGUAGAUUUGAUACAAACAAAGACCACUUUACAGAUAACUCCGUUCUCAUUUGUUGUCAGUGUGACCUUAAGUAUCACGCUCGGUGCUUGAGAAGCAAGGGUACUGAAGAGCUGGAUAAUUUUCCUGAAGGAAAUUGGUUUUGUAGCACGAGAUGUGAGCUGAUAUUUUUGGGUAUGCAUCACCUUUUGGAAAAAUCGGUUAUAGUGGGAGAUGAUGACCUCACUUGGACACUGUUGAAAUAUACAAAAGCUGAUGAUUCUGAGUCCAGUGCGGAGAUAUAUAGCCGACUUAGAGUCGCUUUGAAUGUGAUGCACGAAUGUUUUGAACCAGUCGAAGAACUUCUCACUGGGAGAGACAUCACAAAAGAUGUCAUCUUCAGUAGAUGGUCUGAGUUAAACAGGUUAAAUUUUAAGGGCUUUUACACCGUGCUACUGGAAAGAAAUGAUGAGCUCAUAACAGUAGCGGUUGUAAGGGUUUAUGGAGAAAAGGUGGCAGAGCUCCCUCUUGUUGCAACACAAUUUAAGUACCGUCGACUUGGAAUGUGUCGCAUUUUAAUGAAGGAGCUUGAAAAGAAACUCGUGGAAUUAGGAGUUGAGAGGCUAGUUUUGCCAGCUGUCCGUGAUGUCCUAAACACAUGGACCACUAAAUUUGGUUUCUCGGUGGUGGAAAGAUCAGAGAGAGCAGACUUCUUUGAUUACACUUUGCUUGAUUUCCAGGGUACUGUACUGUGCCAGAAAAUCCUUCAAAAGACCCCUGCAGCAGCCCAGCAAACACAUUUCGACAAUACAAACAGCAAUGACAACGUUGAAUCAGAUGAAAAUGUUGCUGUUUCCGAGGUGUUGCAAGCAACACAAGUUGAGGGUUGUGCAACAGCAGACCAAGGACCUGUGGGCAGAUGAAAACAACAAGAUCGAUCAUGUAGCAGCCUACCUUGCCAGUGAUCAUCGCAAGGAUAGUUGCCUGAUCAAGCUAAGAAGGAAGGAUAUCGUCGAGUAAAAACUAAGCUGAUUUCAGAAGGGGGUGAUACUCAACGGUAAGCUGGCGAUUUUUUGAGGAAAAACCAGCAGAGGAACAGUGAGUAUCUUUUACAGGGUUUUAAUUUAGAAAACCUGAUAAAUUUUGUUCAGGUUUAAAGUUCAGUUUCCUGCUAUAUAAAAAAGUAGGAGGAAAUUUAUCAAGACUGGUAUAUAUGUAAUAGUGAUUAGUCCAAAUUGGCCUCAGCGGAUUUUGUAUCGUUUAGUUGCUGAUAGUAAAUUAUGCAUAAAGCCAGAUUUCAUGCUUCCAA